AUGCGAUUCCUCCACUCCUUGACGCCAGCCCUCGCGCUGUUUGCGGCCGGUGCCGCGCAGGCCGCUUCAUCAUGGGGAUUUGACAGUGCCACCGUUUCUGUCUCUGGAAAGGGCAAGGAUGCCACCAAGGAGAAGCUGAGCGCAACCUCUCCUCUCAAGAAUGCCCUCUCUCUCGGAGCUAAGGACUCCCUCAAGGUCAUCAUCACUGCCAAGGAGGGUGACAAGGCCAAGCGCCCGCACCAGGCUUUCCUGAUCCUCAAGGAGACCGAGAGUGGCCUCGAGGCUCCUUUCCCUCUGGAGCUCAAGGAGAACGGCCGCGGCGUCGUUGAUGUCGCCCAGAAAGACCUCCCCGUCCAGCACCUCCUGGCCACCAAGCCCCUCCGCGCCAGCAUCGUCAUCGGCUCCUUCGGCACCUCCAAGGCCCUCGACACUACCGUCUUCGACCUCGACGUGAGGCGCGACGCCUCUGCCCCUGCCCCGACCUACGACGCUCCCAUCCGCUACGGCAAGCAGUCCGAGAUCCACCACAUCUUCCGCGAGGACCCCCGCAGCCCUCCCAAGAUCAUCUCGCUGGCCUUUGUCAUGGCCGUUCUGGCCACGAUCCCCGUUCUUCUCGUGGGCUGGCUCUCUCUCGGCGCCAACUUCAACCACCUCUCCAAGGCCCUCGGCGCGGCCCCCAUCUCCCACGCCGCCUUCUUCGGCUCCAUCGUCGCCAUGGAGGGCGUCUUCUUCCUCUACUACAGCACCUGGAACCUGUUCCAGACCCUGCCCGUCAUCGGCAUCGUCGGCGUCUCCAUCUUCCUCAGCGGCUCCAAGGCCCUCGGCGAGGUCCAGAGCCGUCGCCUUGCUGGCCAGAGGUAG